AUGCCGCACAAGCAUACGCGGAGACUGAAAGAUGAGUCGACUUUCGAUUUACCACCUUCACAAGUCGCAAGAAACCUCCCGGUGAAACCCAAGCCACAACAGCAGUCGAAAGGCAAGCCGAAACCGGGCUCUGCACCACAGCCCGACAGGAAACUGAAGCGCAAACGAGAUGCCGGCCCGAAGGAUGACGCGCCUCGCGCUUUCAAGAGGCUGAUGGCGUUCGCUGGAGGCAAGAAGCCGCGGUCAGGACUGGAUAACGGGGAAGCGCAGAACACAAAGACCAAGAAGCGGAAAGCGGCCCAAGUGUCGAAUGCCGCUGCUGACGAGAGCAAGGAAGCCGAGGAGACCAAGACCACCAAGACCACCAGUUCCGCCGAAGUCCCCACGAUCCGCCCGGGAGAGCGCAUGUCGGAGUUUUCAGCCCGUGUGGAUGCUGCAAUGCCCAUAACAGGACUAAUCAACAAGUCUGUCAGGGGUAACAACGACCCCCUGGGAUUGAAGAAGUGGCAAACGAAGAAGGAGAGGAAGAUGCACAAGCUGUAUGAUGAGUGGAGGGAGGAAGAGCGCCGAGCCAAGGAUCAGAAGGAGGAGGAGGUCGAGCUACAAGCCGAGAAGGACAUGGAGGACGAGGAGGCCGGCGUGACGUGGAAGAUGGAUGCGCAGGCCGACGCCUCCGGCAAGAAGAAGAAGAAGAAGGGCAAGAGGUCGAAGUACCUUGGCGAGACGGCCGAAGCCGAGGAGGAUCCCUGGGAGGUCUUGAAGAAGAAGCGAGGCGAAACGAGACCAGGUCUUCACGAUGUUGUACUCGCGCCACCGGAACUCACCGCGAAACCUUCGAAGAAAUUGCUGGUCCGCGGAGCAGCCGUCGAUGUUGACGGUAUCCCCAAGUCGGCGGGGAGCCUGAAGCGUAGAGAAGAGCUACAAUCUGUCAGGACCGAUGUCAUCGCGUCUUAUAGAAAGUUGAUGGACGAGAGGCGGACUUCUCUACGCACAUCUUGA